UUUAUGCAGCCUGCAGUCUCGCCACCAUUAAAGUUCUCACUUCCCUGUUUAGAUAAAUCAUUGUGACACUUCAUAAAGCUGUCGGUACAAGAUUAUCAACAUGUAUGUGUGAUUUUUGUGGUUACACUACAUGCAGAUGGCCAGAUGGUGGUGGAUUAAAUCUGAAUUUAUCUGUGUUUUAAAAGUUGCAGCAUGCAGAUAGAUCAAAACAUCUCCAACAUGUCUGUGGAGGCACCGGUGGAGUAUCACACUGCAGGUCUGAUCUUCUACUGCUUUGUCUUCUUCAUCGGAGUCGUCGUCAACUUCACAGCCUUGUGGGUGUUUUCCCUCACCACCAAGAAGAAGAACUCAGUCACCAUCUACAUGAUUAACGUAGCCGUGGUUGACCUCACCUUCAUCCUGCUGCUUCCUUUCUGGAUGGUCUACCACUAUUUGGAGUAUUGGCCCUUUGGAGACCUUUUCUGCCGCAUCAGCGGAGCCCUCACCAUCUUCUACCCGUGCAUGGCGCUGUGGCUGUUUGCUCUGAUCAGUGCCGACCGCUACAUGGCCAUCGUCCAGCCAAAGCACAGCAAGGAGCUGAAGAACAUCCCCAAGGCCCUGGUGGCGAGCGUUGGGGUGUGGCUCAUGACCUUGGGAAGCACCGUGCCCCUUCUCUUCUCAGACCAUGACCCUGAUCAUGACUCCAACUUCACCACUUGUGUCAAGAUCCAUGACAUCAUCCACCUACGCCGUGACAACACCGUCAACCUUGUGCGAGUUGUCUUUUUCUUCCUUGUGCCUAUUUGUAUCAUGACCGGCUGCUACAUCGUCAUCGUGAACAAUCUGAUCCACGGACGCACCUCUAAACUCAAGCCUAAAGUGAAGCAGAAGUCAAUCCGGAUUAUCAUCACGCUCAUUGUCCAGGUGCUGGUGUGUUUUGUGCCUUUCCACGUGUGCUUAGUGGUCCGUUUGCUGGAACUAGGAGAAGAAGGGACGUUUAGCACGUGGGCCAUGUUCACCACGUACCUGAUGAACCUGAGCACGGUCUUAGACAUCAUUCUGUACUACAUUGUCUCCAAACAGUUCCAGGACCGGGUGAUCAGUGUGAUACUGUACAGGAACUAUCUGCGCAGCGUGCGGAGAAAGAGCAUGCGCACUCACACCGGCAGCAUGCGAUCACUCAGCAACCUGACCAGCGUCAUGAUAUGAAAGAAGCGUGAUGUUUGGGCCACACACACACACACACAUGCCUUGGUUACGGUGUAACAGUGAACGCUUCACCAGUGCACACGCUUCAUUAUCAAAAGGAUCUAAAAAUGCAAUUAAUUUUCAAGGUGCAAUUUACACUCACAGUAUGGAAGUACUGCUGCUGUGGCAAAAACAUCUGUGCUCAGAGCUGAUUGACUCACCCAUGAGACUUGUUUUCUGUGCAGCGCUGUCUCUGGCUCAGGUGUAAUAUAUGCACGCUCAAAUAAAACUCACGCUCAUUUAAAACAUCGCCUACAGUAUUGCAGUGUUUGCCUUGAUAUUGUGAUUAAAUACUGUAACUUUUUUCAUGAGAUAAGAUCUGAACGGCCUCUGCUGAAGGAAGCACACAGAGAAUAAACGUUUGUUUGCUGCCGUCUUCUCUUGGAGUCAUUGUACUUUUAAGUUGAUUUCAUGGUCAGGUGAUCACUGAGGUCAUACUCGGAAAUGGAAAUGUGAAUUGUAUCCACGCAGUCUAGCAAAACAGACCAGCGUGUAAGCUUGGUGGAGAUAAUAUGUAUGUUCCCAGAGUUUUACAUCAUCAGGAUUCUAUGUUCCUGGGUCCUUCAAGGGGUGAAUGAGAAGUUAUGAGCCUGGCCCAGAAAAAGUAGGGCAUGCUUCUUCAUCUUUUCCAUUCUGAGGAACUAACAUUUCUCAACCUUGCAACCAGUGAGUCAGAACUUUACACAUUCUUGAGAAAUGUUGGUUUGUCUUAAUGUAGAAGAUGGAGAACCACACCCUACUUUUUCUGCGCAAGGCUCAAAACUUCUCAGUUGCCCAUCAUGUGUUUCCAGGGUCCUAAUUUCACAGGUCCUAUAUUUCCAGAUUCCCAAGUUCCUAGAUCUUAUGUUCCCAGAUUCUGACAUUCUCCGGUCCCAUGUUUCCAUGUCAUACAUUGCCAGGUCCUAUGUUUCUACAACCCCUGGCAAAAAUUAUGGAAUCACCGGCCUCGGAGGAUGUUCAUUC